AUGUCUAGAGAGUCAGUCAGCCUUUGCUUGUCUACUGGGGCAUUGGUGUUCCUGCCAAAAAAAAAUUCUGAAGCCUGUGUGAAGCCUUCCUCCACUAAGGGCACCUCACAAGCCUUCUAUCUGCCUGGCGUUGCCCCCAUUGAAUACUCGGAGGGGGCACGUGUGGAACUGAAGGUGAACAAGCUGACAUCUGUGAAGACUCAGCUGCCGUAUGGCUACUACACGCUGCCCUUCUGCAAGCCGGAGGGCGGAAUCUCCGAUAGUGUGGAAAAUUUGGGUGAGAUCUUGGCUGGAGACCUCAUCGAAAACUCACCUUUCGACUUACGAAUGAGUGAGGAUGAGAAGUGCAAAAUGCUUUGCAAAAAGCCUCUAGAGACAGCCGACAAAGAAAAGUUUCGAUCUCGGAUCGAUGACGAGUAUUUAGUGAACUUUAUAGUUGACAAUCUCCCUGCUGCCACGAAGUAUGUUCGCAAAAGUGAUGGUGGCGAAUUCACGUACAUGAAUGGCUUCCCGAUCGGUGUGCAGAAGGACGGCAAGUACUACUUGUACAACCACUUGAAGCUGGACCUGAAGUACCACUCUAGUGAUCAGUACGAGGGCCACCGGAUAGUGGGUUUCGAGAUCGAGCCGAGGAGCAUCGUGCAGGCGACCCAGGCAGAUCCCAGCAAGCCCGGAGGCUUGAAGGCCGUUUGCCAGGAAGGACCUGAUGCCCAGCUCAUGGAGCUGGACACCUUCAACGAAGUCAUCUUCACGUACGAUGUUGCAUGGGAGUACAGCGAGGUUCGAUGGGUGUCCAGGUGGGAUAACUACCUGAAGAUGACUGGCGGCCAAAUCCACUGGUUCUCAAUCCUGAACUCUCUCAUGAUCAUGCUUUUCCUUUCGGGCAUGGUUGCCAUGAUCCUUCUUCGUACUCUUUAUCGUGACAUUACCAAGUACAAUGAGCUAGCGACAGCUGAAGAAGCUGCAGAGGAGACUGGUUGGAAACUAGUGCACGGAGACGUCUUCCGCAAGCCUCGUUUCGGCAAGCUCUUGGCAGUCUCAGUAGGCUCUGGCGUACAGAUUUUGGGCAUGUCCGUCGUGACGCUCAUCUUCGCCCUUCUGGGCUUUUUGUCUCCAGCUCAUAGGGGCGGCCUGCUUCAGUCGAUGAUGAUGCUCUUCACCUUCAUGGGCGUGUUUGGUGGGUACGCUUCUGCACGGCUAUACAAGGUAUUCAAUGGAGAGGAUUGGAAGACCAAUACGCUGAUGACUGCCAUGCUUUACCCUGGGGUCAUCUUCAUGAUCUUUUUUAUUCUCAACCUCUUCAUAUGGGGCCAGAAGUCAUCUGGAGCAGUCCCUUUCACCACCAUGUUCGCGAUUCUUGUGCUUUGGUUCGGCAUCUCAGUACCGCUGGUUUUCUUGGGCUCCUAUUUUGGUUUUCGGCGAGAGGCAAUUGAGCUGCCCGUGCGUACGAACCACGUGCCGAGGCAGAUCCCGGCACAGGCCUGGUUUAUGCAGCCGCUCUUCACGUGCGCGAUUGGCGGCAUCUUGCCAUUUGGCGCCGUCUUCACGGAGCUCUUUUUCAUCAUGUCGUCCCUGUGGCAGCACCAGUUCUACUACCUCUUUGGUUUCCUUGCGCUGGUUCUUGUCAUUCUUCUGAUCACGUGUGCAGAGAUCUCCAUCGCGCUCACGUACUUUCAGCUCACAGCUGAAAACUACAAUUGGUGGUGGAGGUCGUUCCUGGCGAGCGGUUCGUCUGCUGUGUACGUCUUCUUGUACUCGAUGAUGUACUUUAGCAGCCGCUUGCAGAUCGACAAAGUGGUGUCCACUCUCCUAUACUUCGGCUACAUGGCCAUCAUGUCGCUCCUCUUUGGGCUGCUGACGGGUUCGAUUGGCUUGAUCUCAUCCUUCUUCUUCGUCAGGACCAUCUACGGAUCCAUCAAGGUGGACUAG